UGCUCUGAUUAACUGAUGAAGGGGGAGGAGGCAAUCCGCGGCGCUGGAGAAAUCUCCCUGGGUUUGAGGACAGAUACGUCAGGUUGCCUCUUGCACUCUACAUCACGAAAGCUGCAGCUACGAGAGCGUCGGUGGCUUGUAGGCACAGAGCAGGACAGACAGAGAUCCGCAUCAUCUGCUCGCAGGGUUCAAACCUCACCCAAAGCACCAUCCCCGAGGCUGACACAGAGGACCAUGGCACUUGCAUCACUGUUGAGCAAUGAGGACGUCAAGGCUGCAGUCCAGGCUUGUCAAGCUCCGGGCACAUUCGACUUCAAGUCCUUCUUUGCGCAAGUGGGACUGACCAGCUCAUCGGAGGCGGACAGGAAAAAAGUGUUUACAGUCCUGGACCAGGACCAGAGUGGUUACAUUGAGGAGGAGGAGCUCAAACUCUUCCUUCAGAAUUUCUCCCCGGAGGCCCGUGAGCUGACCGUGUCCGAGACCAAGACCCUGAUGGCCGCAGGAGACAAGGACGGCGACGGCAAGAUAGGGAUGGAAGAGUUUUGUGAUCUUCUGAAAUAAGGAGAAUCCACACACAUACACGGCCUCGACUGCGUUUCCCGGUUUCGAAUUAUUUAUUCAUUGUUCGAAACCCCGACUUUCCAGAUUGUUUGAUGCAAAGACCAAAAACCUCAGAUCUUGCGCACCUGCCUGCUGCUCUCCCUGUCGAUGUGAUACUCGCAAUGCAUAAGAUGUUCGGUGGACAGGUGCAUGUGUGUGUGUGUGUGUUCAAUCAGUCGGGUAUCUGGUAUGGAAUAAUAAAUGUAUUCAAGAUGUGACACCA